AUGAGCGAGGCGGAGGCAGCAGUGGUGGCGACAGCGGCCCCCGCGGCCGCGGUGCCUGCGACCACGGUGCCCGCGACGGCGGCAGGGGUGGUAGCGGUUGUGGUUCCGGUGCCUGCAGAGGAGUCACAGAAAGCAGGCAGCGGGGCGGGCGGCGGCGGAGUCGGAGCCGCAGCCUCCUCGGGCCCCGCUGCUGGGACCCCCUCGGCGCCGGGCUCCCGCACCCCUGGCAACCCAGCGACGGCGGCCUCGGGGACCCCCGCGCCCCCGGCCCGGAGUCAGGCGGACAAGCCGGUGCUGGCAAUCCAAGUCCUGGGCACUGUCAAAUGGUUCAACGUGCGGAAUGGUUACGGAUUCAUCAACAGGAAUGAUACCAAGGAGGAUGUCUUUGUUCACCAGACAACUAUUAAAAGAAACAACCCGAGGAAGUUUCUGCGCAGCGUUGGAGAUGGGGAGACUGUGGAGUUCGAUGUCGUGGAAGGAGAGAAGGGCGCAGAAGCUGCUAAUGUAACUGGGCCCGGAGGGGUGCCAGUGAACGGCAGCCGCUAUGCCCCCAACCGACGAAGGUUCCGCCGAUUCAUCCCCCAGCCCCGUCCAGCUGCCCCGCCACCCAUGGUGGCAGAGGCUCCGUCGGGCCGGACAGAACCAGACAGCGAAGGGGAGCGUGCUGAAGACUCCGGGCAGCGGCCCAGACGACGGCGCCCACCACCCUUCUUCUACCGACAGUGCUUUGUGCGAGGCCCUCGGCCCCCCAAGCAGCAGCAGCCCAUAGAGGGCACUGAUGGGACAAAACCCAAAGAGAGAGCCCCGUUGGAGGAGGACCAACAGCAGGGAGAUGAACGGGUACCCCCACCCAGAUUCCGGUCCAGGUACCGAAGGCCUUUCCCCCCCAGGCCACCCCAGCAGCCCACCACAGAAGGUGGGGAUGGCGAGACCAAGCCCAGCCAAGGCCCCACUGAUGGUUCCCGGCCUGAGCCCCAGCGCCCACGAAACCGCCCCUACUUCCAGCGGAGACGGCAGCAGCCCCCUGGACCCGGGCAGCCCACAGCACCGGAGACCUCAGCCCCCAUCAACAGUGGGGACCCCCCAACCGCCAUACUGGAGUGA